UCUUUACGUCCGCUCUCUCGCCCCAGAGACGGUGGAUCUUUGUAGCUCGUCGGUUCUGUUUAAUUCUCAGAAAACACCUUAGAAAAUUCUGCAAACAUGACCAGGAAAUUCUUCGUUGGCGGAAACUGGAAGAUGAACGGCGACAAGAAAAGCCUCGGGGAUCUCAUUCAGACCCUGAACGCAGCCAAGUUGGACUCCAAUGUCGAGGUGGUGUGUGGUGCUCCAUCAAUCUACCUUGACUUUGUCAGGUCCAAGUUGGACCCCAAGUUUGGUGUGGCUGCUCAGAACUGCUACAAAGUUCCCCAUGGUGCCUUCACUGGGGAGAUCAGCCCUGCGAUGAUCAAGGACUGUGGUGUGAACUGGGUGAUCCUGGGUCACUCUGAGAGGCGCCACGUCUUUGGAGAGAGUGAUGAACUCAUUGGUCAGAAGACGGCCCAUGCUUUGGAGAAUGGGCUCGGUGUGAUUGCCUGCAUUGGCGAGAAGCUGGAUGAGAGGGAGGGCGGCAUCACGGAGAAGGUCGUCUUUUCACAGACCAAGGUCAUCGCAGACAAUGUAAAGGACUGGAGCAAGGUUGUGCUUGCUUAUGAGCCUGUGUGGGCCAUUGGCACUGGCAAGACUGCCUCCCCACAGCAGGCUCAGGAGGUUCAUGAGAAACUGAGGGGGUGGCUGAAGACCCAUGUGUCAGAGGAUGUGGCCAAUUCUGUGAGGAUCAUUUAUGGAGGUUCUGUGACCGGUGCUACCUGUAAGGAACUUGCCUCCCAGAAGGAUGUUGAUGGUUUCCUUGUGGGUGGAGCCUCCCUCAAGCCAGAGUUUGUCACCAUCAUUAAUGCCAAAGCAUAAAAGCCCAGGCAGCUGCAACAUGACCGUGUCCAGGUCAGAAGCUGACUCCAUUCAGACGAUCCACUUUCACAGUCCCUCGCUCUCAGCACUUAGCCCUCUUCCCUUUUUGUUAUUAAAAGUAUUUGUGUAAUGAUGUCAUUCCCUCCUUUUUUCUUUAUUUUUUGAAUAUAUUUUGUCCUAAGGAAAAGGAUCAGGUUGACACAUGCACUGAAAAGAGUCAAGUCCACUGAGAAUAGUCUGUGUGCAUACUAAUCUCUGCACCAAGUGCUCAAGCUGUAAAGACAGACGGUUACACCCUGAGGUGGAUGGGCCAUCCAUGCCUUUACUUGAAAAGUUCACCAACUUUUUGUUUUUUGUAAGCAGUGUCUCAGCUUUUGUCAGUCACAUUUGUCUUUUUACUACUGUUGUCUCUUUUGUGUAAUUAUGAUCUGUGGCUUUGACCUCCCUGUAGACAAGCAUGAUCCGGUCACUCGGUGGUAAAGAGGGAAGUGUCCAUUACAUUUUACCCCUAUUGUGUCAUGGCUGAAGGGUUGGAAGGCUGUUAGGAAACAUUCUAAUAAACAGUUCAGAGGCUGGUU